AUGCUUGCUUGCCGGAUUCGAAGCUUAUCAGGGCAGAGCUUCGACUUGGAAGUACCACCAGAGUCAACAGUCAAAGACGUGAAGUACAGAAUCGAGCAAGACUGGGCGAUUCCAAAAAUUUGUCAGAAGCUGCUCUACAGGGACCAACUCCUCACAGAAAAGUGCCGUUGCCAAAGUUUUGCAGACGGCUGCGUGGAGCUACAGUUGGUCAUCACAACUGAGAUAUUGCGUUCAUCGUUGAGCUCUGCCCUGGCUUUGGAGGCUUUGCAGAGCCUUCACAGCAUUGCCAAAGACAGUGGGGGAGAUCCAAAGGUUUGGUCUGCAGUAGAGGCGGAAGUGUGGGACAGCCUGAAUCAGCCACUACGAGAUGUGCAAGAUUCGGCAACUUCAGUCCUCAUGGCAGCUGCUGUUGCGGGCAGAUCGAACACGCGAGAAGAAGUCUUGGAGCGUCUGGAAAGUCGAGAUGAGCGAUCUAGGCUGGUGGCGGUGCAGAUGUUGGGCAUCAUGCGUGAUGCCUCAGCAGACGCUUUGAGGCGUCGACUUCUGGACCCGAGCGAUUCAGUACGGUCGGCGGCAGCUGAGGCAUUGGCAGCUCGCCCAGAGUUCCUCGAUCAAGCAGCCAGGUUCGCUUUAAGCGCCUUGCUCCAUGACCGGAGUGCUCUGGUUCGAACGGCGGCUGCACGUGCCCUCGCCCGCUUUGUCUCAAUCAGUGGAUGUCCUUUCUGCGUUCAUCCAGGUGAGAGUGAAAAGUACGCAGACAACGUGGAAUUCGCUUUUCUCGCAGUCUUAGCCCGCCUCCAGCAUCCUGACCCGUCUGUUCGUAGCUCUGUCGCUGGUGCUGCGGGCGCCGUCCUCAGUGCCGCAGCGCGGCGUCGCUGUGAGCGCUGUGGUGCUCGGCGGCGUCCCGAGGCGGCUGAGGAGACGAGCUUUGCCGCUAUGGCUGCUCAAACCCUCUCCGCCUGUUUAGCCGACAGUUGUGCGGCAGUACGCGCAUUGGCGCUGCAAGCGCUGGCGGAGCUUUCCGGAGGGAAGGACGGCAAGAUCAUGGCAGCCGAGCUCUCUGCGCUCAAGAAUCAGGUGGCCCCUUGCUUGAAACACAUGGACGCCGGAGUCCGUGUCGCCGCCACGCGUGCCACCGUUCGCCUUGUACAGAACGGCGACAGAGAGUCGAUCCAGGUUCUUCAGCGGCUGGUGCAUAAAGACUCCGACAUCAGUGUCCGGACGGCGGCAAAAAAUGCUCUCCUGGCGCUGGGGGUGGACCCCUUUUAA